CUUACUCUUUUGAAAUGGGUUGAACCUGCUGAUUAUGACAGACCCAGAUAACAGUCUGACGGCCAUAGAUUGGCUUCCCAAUCUUAGCAUAAGCAUGUUGACAGCAUCUAUUGAAAGCGAAUUUCCUUUCGAAAUGGAUUGUUGGGACUCUAUGAGUGGAGAUGAUAAUAAAACUGAGUCUGACUGUGGGUCUACGCCCUACCAACCAGAUAGCAAACCGCCUUAUAGCUACGCAAGCUUGAUUACUUGUGCUAUACAAAGUACAUCGGAAAAGAAAAUGACACUGAGUGAAAUAUAUCAAUGGAUUUGUGAUAACUUCCCUUACUAUUGCGAAGCUGGGAGUGGUUGGAAGAACUCGAUUCGUCAUAACUUGUCACUUAACAAGUCUUUCAUGAAAAUUCCCCGAUCUCGAGAUGAGCCAGGAAAAGGUUCUUACUGGUGUCUGUCUAAUCAGGGUGAUGAUCCAGAAUGCAUGCCUUCAGCACCUAAACGACAAGCUUUGUGUUCUGAAAACAAUACACGCUGUAUGACACAAGUGCAAGCUAUGUCAUCUGACAUUAAUAACAACAGCAUUACAGAUAAUCGGACUGAAUUCCUCCAGUUCACAAACAUCAGUCAUAAUUUAGACGAUCAAAUUAAUAGUAAUAGUAAUUCUAGUGGACUAAACCAUAAAGCUCGCCGAAAUAGUCGAAUGCGUCAAUUUAGCCCGACGUAUUCUGAAUACAAUGUAGAGAAUAAAAUUAUGCAUGAAAAAGAUGAUGUCAACACUUCUACUAAUACAGUUCAUAAUGUUUUACACAAUUUGAAUAAUAAUAGUACAAUAUCUGGUACAGUCAAUCCUAUUUUAUCCGCUUCAUGUAAUACAUCUAAUGCUUCACUGAACCAUGACAAUAAUGAUAAUAAUCUGAGCCUAACUAAUCAUAAUAAUGCCAUAACUCGAUCAAAUGAUCACUUAAUAAGCUAUAAUCCUCAUGUUAACACAUUUUCAAUUGGUUCAAAUUCAUUAACUCCAUUUACCAAUACAGACCUAUUUUCACAUCGGUGUACUACUACUACCACUACUACUAACAAUAAUGCUAAUAACAAUAUUAGUGGUGGUAGUAAUAAUGAUAAUGACGAAAAUGCAGAAAAUAAUAAUCAUAUUAUGUAUAAAGGAAAAGUUUCUAUUCCAUGCAGUGCCGUCACUAGUCACAAAUCUUCUACCACUAACAGAGAUGCUAGUUAUAUAACUUUAUCCAGUAAUACGUGUAAUAAAAUAUCUUUUAACAAAGUCAACCAACAGACCACUUCUCUCUAUUAUCCAUCUAAUCAUCAAGUUAAUGCGAAUAUGAGAAAUGAUAAGCUGUACACACUUCAACAGUUAGAUACAAAGCAAUAUAUGCCUGGUAUAUCUGAAGAAUUAGUGCAUACACCUUUUAAUACAUCAACGGCAUCAACAAUAUCAAACGCACAAAUAAAUUCGACCGAUUGUCAUGUUCUGAGUAACAACAACAAUAAUCAACAUAAUUAUACAAGAAACAGGAGCAAUAAAAGUGGUAUGCAUGAAAUGACUAAUUUUGUAAAUGAAGAUAACAGUUCAACUGGACCAUUACUGUCAUCGACAUCAUCAUCGUCAAUUGUCGACUUUUAUAUGAUACAGUCAGAUCAUUCAUCAAAUUUACAACAACAACCAGAUAACGAAAUUGUACUAGUAGAAAGAAGAAAAAUCGUAGAAGAAGAAGGCGAAGAGGAGGAAGAGCAGGGUGAAAAUCAGUCACUGAAAUCAAGUUUCUCUACUGGGGAGUUAGAUUUAAGCGCAUCAUUUAAACAUUUAUAUCAUGCACUUUUUGAUAAUUCCGAAUUGUCACAUCCAAUUUUGGAUCUUCAGAAUACAACGGCUGCUUCAGAGAAUCCAAAUCAAUCCUCUUUAUCAUCGAAUAAGUUAACUGAAACCUCAUUCAAGGAUGUAACCACUGAUUCACUUGGCAUAGCUAAUAAAGAGAAUGUUAUGACCUCUAGUUUAAAUACUACUGCUAGUAGUAAUAGUGGUAAUAGUAGUGUGCUAAAUUCAACUCAUCAUAUGUGGGAUUUAUCAACAGAUCAGAACUUUUUGUCUCCCUAUGCAUCACCUUCAACCGCUUCAUCAUUUCGAUCAAGUUAUUCUCAUGGCAAUAAUCCUGAUCAACUGAGUAAAUCGUCGAAUAUAAUAAAGACGAAUCAGUUAUUAAAUAUUAAUAACACUGAUGCAAAUAAUAAUUCAGUCAAUUUAAACUAUGUACUACAGAAAACGUUACAAGCUGCUACGAAUUUUGAUUGGACCAGUGUCAAUCUUGAGGAGUAUCCAGAAUUAAUAUCUAAAAUACGCAGUGUCAGUCAAAAUCCCAACAGUCUGACGGUUGAACAAUUAAUGGAAUUGAAUUUAACACUUGACCAGUUGUUCAGUCAAAUUCAACAGAAUGCAUCACUUGGCGACACGUCAAUCACUCCUUCCACCUCUAGUGCUUCUGCUUUUUCUUCUGCCGUCUCAUUACCGUCAUCAUCAUCAUCAUCAUCGUCAUCUUCUUCUCUACCUGUUAUUAAUAAUUUUUCAACAAGAUUUCAAACAUACGAUGGAAGUUAUAGAAAAAGUCAACAGAAUCUGGAUAUCACAGGAAUUCAGACACAAACUACUGAAUGCAUGACUGCUGUCAGUAGUGACACCAGUGUCAGUGGGAAUGCUCCGAAUGCCAGUCUCCAUUACCAUCUUAAACAACAAUUAAAUGAUAACAGUGAGUAUGCCAACAAUGCAUCAUUACAUAAUUCGCACAGUGUACAACUUUCCUCAAAUUUUCAUGAGUUGGAUUGUAACAACAAUGUUGUCACACAGACUGGAUUGUCAUCGGUAACUGAUAGUGUGAACAAUAAUGUUACUAACAACAAUAAUAAUAAUAAUAGUAGUAAUAACAAUAAUAAUGAUAAAAGCAGAAUCAAUUCCCUCUUAUCUGAUCUAAAUACUUAUGAGCAUGUUUCAAAUGAUUUUUUUAAUUCCUACAUUCAUUGUAAAGAUUUAAGAGGUAAUGUUAUUUUGACAAAUAAUAUUAACAGGGACGCUAGUCGUGAUAACGUAGGAAAUGUUACUGCAACAUCAGCUACAGAUGUAAACAACACGUGCAAUCCCAACACUAUUACUAACAAUAUGAAUAUUACUAGUCAGUCAUCAUUGGACCAUCACAAUCAUCAUCAUCAUCAUAAUCACCAUCAAAACCUUGUCUGGACUUCAGUUAAAGUCGAUAAUAAUAUUAAUAAUAAUAAUGAUGUCAGUGUGCCGAAAACAUCUGGGUAUAAUGAUAACUAUUCAACUUAUGAAGAAUCUAAUAUUCCUUUUUCUACUUCAAGUUACCAUGAUAAUGAACAACGUCACAAUCAUCACAGUAACCAUCAUCAUCUUCAGCAUCUUCACCACGACCCACACCACCACCAAGAUCAACAUACACUUCCCCAAGCACCACAUUCCCAAACACAACAACAACAACAACAGCAUUCAGAUGAAUUCACGACAAAGUCGACAAGAAAUAUCACUUUCUUACAUGAUCAAACAUCUGAUUCACCAAGCAUUAACAAUAAUCCUGUUUCCUUUUAUUUUACUCCUCUUCAAUCAGACAAUUUUAUAAAUUCUUCACUACAUGGAAAUACGAAUGAUUCUGUGUAUGCAGAAUUACAAAGUAACACUAGUACUCCUAUUACUACUACUGCUGCUACAAGUGAUAAUACAAAAGCUCCACAGAAUUUUAUCAAUCUAGUCACGGUUCUACCACAAUCUUCUACAAUGUCAUCAGAAGUACAAAAUGAGUCCUUGGCGUCAUCAUCGCCAUUAUUGUCUAAUCGAUUUUUCCACGCACAUGAUCAAUUCACUCAACACAAUCCUCGAUAUCAUAUGUUACUUAGUGCCAGGAAUCAUAAUGAUCAUUCAAAAUCGUUUAAAAUGCAUAUCAAUGGUGCUGAUGACGUUAACCACUCCCCUUUAAACAAUCACAGUCAUUUACAACAGAAUGAAAAUUUUGAACAUAAUAAUUGUAAUAGUAAUAACAAUGGUAAUAAUGUUACUAGUACUUCAUUUGAUCAGUUUCAAAUUUGUAGCAAUGACUCCUUUUUGUAUCACUCAAACAAAAAUAAUUUAUUGAAUAUUGGACAGAAAACCACUUCGAAUGAAGAAAUACACCACUUUAUGCCAAAUGCUACACAACACUGUACAACAGAUUAUAGAUUUCCUUUUAUACAGAAUUUUAUGACUACUAGUGGUAAUUUAUCUACUUGUCUUAUUACGAAUACGACUACUAUGAAUACUAAUCAUACUAUGGCUACUUCUACUAAUUCUACUGAGAUUACACAUUUAUCAUCCUCUUCUAACUCGCCGCCUCAGUUGUCCACUGAAUAUCCAGGAUCGUCUUCAUCGUCAUCCUCAUCCACAUCGUUACUUAUACAUAACCGGAACAGAUUGUUCAGUGAUAUGAGAUAUUCAGGCCUAUGCCAACAGUCUUCUAUAAUGCCAGUCAGUCAACAAGUGGAACAGUGUAACCCAGUCAACAUGAUCAAUUCUUUUAGCAUUCAGAAUACCACCACUGGAAAUAAUUCUAGUAGUGGACCAGAAGAUUUUAACUGGGAUACGAUUGUUUAGAUUUUAGAUGCUCCUUACUUCCUCUUCAACUGCUCUGCCUAGAGCACAGUUGAAUGUAUUGUUGAUAUUUCUAUUCCUUGCAAUAUUCUAUUCUUGAUGUUGUGUUCACUUGUUUCACUACUCCCCCUUCCCACAGAGGAUUGUUUCUUCGGCUGAAUAUUAUUUAUAGAACAACUGCCAGUAGUAGUUAUAUAAUAUUCUCUUAAUAUGCACAUAUCACCGUUGUUCUGCUUUUUUUUAGUAAAAUUCCGGGGUGUUUUUUGCAUUUACUUAUCAAAACCUUUUAAUUUUAUUUUUUACCUUACUUACAUUUGUUUUUAUUAUUGCCUUUCUGUUCCGUUGCUACCGAGGGCAUUUAUUAUUACUUAAUUUGUGUGUCAGCGUAAUUUGUGAGCAAUAUUUUCUUUCAAUGCUUCAAUGUUUGUUUUUCAUUUUUUCGUUUAUUUAUUUACUCAUUUAUUUUAACUUCUGUCUAUGAAACAAGAGACAAUGACUUUGAAAAUUUGUGAUUUCAAUAUUAGACUAAGUGACUAUUCCUAGGUGGUGGUGUACACAUAAACACACAUAUCAAUAUACAGAUAUCCAGAAAUUGCCUUUAAUUAAUAUGUUGAUUGAAAAGAGCCCAGAGUGCAUAUCGGAAUUGUGCAGUUUUUUUUGCACUGAAUGUCCACUUCUUUUCUCUGCCUUCUUUUCUUUGAGGAAAUGUUAUCAUCCUAUCUGAUGAUUUCUGAUCUCAUUUUUUUUUGGAUUUUCACUUUUUAUUUUAAUCCAUCUUUUUUUAUCUGUGAACACUUAUUUUACAGUGUAAUUUAUCGCACACAUAUCAUACAUAAACAUUACUACUGCUUUUGGUAGUAAUAAUAAUAAUAAUGUUAACUAACCAAGCUGCCUUGUGUGUAUUUACCAUCUUUCCUUAAUUCUGAAAUGAAUGCUGUCCAAUUAAUUCUCUAUUGCAGCAGGAAUGGUAAAUCCACAAGGUCAACUAUUUUUAAUCUUUUAGAAUUAAGCUACUCACAAGUAAUCGAAAUUGUGUUGAUAAAUUUUCAGAGGACACUUCGAGUCUUGUUUUGUCAGUAUAUUAUUAUAAAAUGAUCCUGACGAAAAUAACCCACUGUGUAAAUGUUCUAUUCAUUUGAGAAUAUUACUCAUUAAAAUACAUAUCUGAAUUCUUUCUUUUCUCUUCACCUUCUUAUGCUGAGGUUUCGCUUUGUCUUUUUUCUCUUAUAAUUAAUAAAUAUGGCAAUCUCAUGUUUUUUUUUUAUUUUUUACUAAUUUCUACCCCACUGCACAUAUCAAUGAACUGAUAAAUUUAUCCUUUUUUGGGUUUUUUUGUCUCUCUCUUUUUACACUGAUUUUGAGCGCUGCAAAUGAAUUAUGGUAUCAAGUUUUUUUUCUGUUUUCACUUUUCAUAAUUUUCGUGUAAUAUUUUUUCUCUCCCUACACUUGCCCCCGCCCACGUAACGCCCAACCAAUCUCCUCAUCGUGCACAAUUAUGAAUGGUGUUAUUUGUCUUUUCCCUUUACCUUGUUCCACACAGUUUAGAUGUCUUUUAUAUUGGAAAGCAUUUCUAGAGAUGAACCCGUUUGUUUGUUUUUUAUUGUCUUACAAUUGGUUGUACACAAUUUCAAACUAGACGAAGUUGUUUAAAUAUGAAGAUUAUUGUGAAAAUUGUUCCCUCCUAUUCGUUGUUGCCUUUUAUUUUAUUUCCUGUUGUUGUUAUUGUUGUGGUUAUUACUACUGUUAAUAUUGAUAAUAUUACUAUUGUUAUUGAAAAGAAAUAAAGUAAGAUGUGAAACUCCUCCAUGU